UGUGGAAGAGACGGCGUACAAACAGCCCUUCCCUCGGAGAGGGACCGAAGAGGGACGCGGAGGGACGAACCAUCACCUGUUCCCACGGUCUGACGGCCAAUCAGAACAAGGGGUGGGGGAGGGGCAGCUUGUUGUUGUUGUUGUUGUUGUUGCUGCUGCUGAGUUGUAGUGCAGCCUUUGAAGUUGCCGAUCAGUUGCUCUACAACCAACGAAGACGAACGGUCUAACUCUCGGCUCUUGUGCUUUGCCGGCGACCUAGCGUGUGUUAGACUGGGAUUUUGGUUUUGACACCAGUUGACAUUGGUCUUUCCGCAAUUAAACCAUUUUUAACAAUGGACCCCUUUCGCUAUCACGAUACCAAAGAGGCAAGCAGGGUUGUCCCUUUAAUGCCCGUCGUACUUCCGAAGAACCCAGGUGAAUCUAAUGUUGUCAAUUCUACAACCAGUCAUCAUCACAUAAAAACUGAGACCCAUUGUGCUGGACUGGGACGUUUUGUCAUUACAAGCAUAGUGGAAACACUUCCAAGACCAAUAAGAGGUCCAGAACGAGUUUGUGGUAUAUUGUCACAAAGUGCUCCAUCUUCAUCUUUUCUGAGAGAAAGAUACGGGUCAAGUGUGGCUUCAUCGCCCAAUUCUGUCUCAUCUUCUCCACCAUCCUCAGUACAUGAGAAUGGUUUUGUUUGGAGAAAUUCUGAAACAGAGGGCUCUGUAUAUGGAUUCAAGCCUUACUGUUCUUUUUGUAAGAAGAAUGGUGAGAGGCCUAAUAUAUACAACUCACACCAGCUGCAUUGUACUGACUCUAAUGGACGUCGUGUUGUAGAAUGUUUUGUUCUGCGAAGUGUUAGAUGCCCAAUUUGUGGGGCGACUGGAGAUGAUGCCCACACAAUUAGUCAUUGUCCACAUUCUUCAACAAGGGUGCCUAUAGCUUUGGCACUCAAAAGCACCCUUCGCCAGUGCAACGGGUCACUCAGGAAGAAACCUUUCUAAAGAAGCAUAACCAAAUUUUGUUCAAUCAAUUUGAUUGAUUUUUAGGAGUGUGAUGUCUAUUAAGUUGGUGUUGUACGUCUAAUUUUUUGUUGAAUUAGCUAUUAUGAAAUUCUUUAUUAUUUCAUAUUUCUAUCAUUGUUCAAUUCAUGUUGAGUAAAUCCAAGUCAAUCAAAGCUGCCAACUUUAUACAAUUUUGAUCUUGACUCAUUGAUUAUUUACUAUAUAUUAUCUUAGGUCUUUGGUUGUGGGAUUUUUCCUUUAGAAUAACUAUGAUGUUUUAUGUCUAAGUGAUGUAGAUUGUGUAUUUGAGUUUUCAAUUUAGGUUUUAUCACUGUAAACAUGAAAUAGCUGUAAAUUGUACUGUCAGUAUUUGCCCAGUAAUGAAAGCUUCGUUUUUUAUGUGCAAAAUAUCAUGAGAAGAUGAUUUUUCAAAUAGUUGCACUUUUGUUCGGUUUAUUUCCGUUUUAUAGUUGACAAGUUAAAUAAAUUUUGAACUGAUUUCUUUAA